AAAAAAACGACACCUCCCUCUCGGCUGGCUGGUUCUUCCUAUUCCGUGAAAAAGCCCAGGACGGACGGAUUUGUUCCAUCGGACUACCAUCGUCCUGGUCAGAAGAGGACCCCGGCCGGCUCUCUCUCCCGAACCGACGCGAUUGGCCGACGACCGUCACAGCUAGACUGGCGCUCUGCGCAUUGUCGCAACGACUGGGUGUAUUGGUGCCGCUCACAGAGGGGGAGGGACGAAGAGGAGGAAAGCGUCGCUGUGGGAAUCCACCCACACGCCUCCUGCAUUGGCAGCCGUCGCCUCGCAGGGGACUCGCACGCGCCUGCACCACUCGGCCCCCCGCCUUGACGCCCAGGAGGUCCCAGGUACGAACCUGAUGCUGUUGGCCCCCGCCGCUGCCCGGUCUUUCGAUGGACAAGCCGGCGCCGCCCGACGACGCCGAGGGCCUCUUACUGCAGCAGUACCCCUCUCCGGCAGCCGACGGCCAGGGCAUCGCGGGCUACUAUGACGAUAGCGGCAGCCUGGCCGUCCACCACCUGCAGCUCGACGCGCCGCUGCCCCCGCCGGCGACGACAGCGAUGGAUUCUCCGCAGCUGAAAAACGAGGCACCCCUCUCCCCCGCCGCAGGGGAAUCUCGGCCGUCGGUGGGCGGCGACGACAGCGACGAGCUGCAGCUCGCCGCGCGCCUGAGCGAUAGCCUCGCCCCCAUGAUGGCUGCCGCUGCCGCGGCGCAGGAGGCCGCGGCCAUGGCCGGCCACGACCGGAGCCACGAGCCCUUGCUGCCCCACGACGCCCCGAAUCCAACGACCCAGGUCAGCGCCGAGACCGUUGCCGUUGCGAACCACGACCACGAGAACCAUGCAAUCCAUAAUCACGAGGGCCCCCCACAUAUCGACGUUAUUGAUCAGGCACAGCCCGAACUGCGAGGCCCCGUCCCCGACGCCGAAACUCUUGUGAACGAGAACAACGUCUCCGUGUCUGACAACCGCGCUUCGUCACCCGAGGAUUCGAUGCCCAUGACCGAGAACCACGAACAACCGACGGAGAUGCAUAACGGACCCGUAGCGAACCAUGUCGAAUCUACCGAAAGCGAUCAGCAUCCGGAAACACAGGACGUUCAAAUGGAUGGUUCGGACCUGGCGAACGACGGAACAAGCCUGCAUAGCCAGGCUCCUACGAUGGACCACCACGGCCUGCCACUAUCACCGGAAGGGGGUCGGGGGCUAGAUCAUCAUGACCAGAACCUGCAGUCUGGGCUUCCAAACCCCUAUGUAUCGCCAGGACCACAGCCACCUCUGCAGGAACUGCACCACCCAGCGCCUGUGUCAGAGUCAGUACAGCAGCGACAGCAGCAACAGCCUCAUCCGCCUCCGCCUCCACCACCCGCUGCUCACCAGUCUCAGCAUUUUCCUCAACAGCAAACGCAGCAGCCCCUGGCACAGCAGCCCCUAGCACAACAACCCCUAGUACAGCAGCCACCACAGCAACCGCCCCGACAGCACCCAUUGCAGCCUCCUCGUCCGCUACCCCAGGCACAACAACCUGGGCCGCACUAUGACCCUGUACAACAGCCGCAGAUGCAGCUCCCCCCGCAUCUACAGAUGGCUUAUGGAGGAGCGCCGCAUGACAACGGCAUACCGCCCAGGAAGCGCUCAAAGGUUUCUCGGGCCUGCGACGCGUGUCGGCGCAAAAAAGUAAAAUGCGACUCGAUUUCCGAGACUGGUGAGGUGGCGUGCACAAACUGCAGGCGCUCGCAGAUUCGAUGUGAUUUCAGCCGAAUACCGCAGAAGCGCGGACCCAGUAAGGGGUACAUCAAAGAGCUUGCAGACAGAAUCAACUCGAUCGAGGGGAAGCUGGGGAACCAAGCCUUGGCGGGCGAGUUUAUGGAACAGCUGGCGGGCGCACCAAGGCGAGAGUCGUCGGAUACAUUCUCCCCCUCGCCUUCGGCUCCUUUAAAUGAAAACGCCAAGCGGCCGUUCUCAAGCAUGUCGGCAGAAGCAACCACCUUCAACACGCCAGUUUCAAGCAAGUCUGCCGCUGCUGCGAACUGGCCGACGGAGCCGCGGCCAAUCCAUCCCUACCCAGCACCGGCCACACCAGGACAGAAGCCUCCCUACUCGGUGAAUAAUUUGGCCCCAAGGCUUGUCCCUGCCCCGGCACCGGCCCCGGCUCCAGCACCAGUCUUAGAAGCACAAACCCCGUCAAGACCACCACCCAUUCACGUCGAGACCCCAGCGCCUGCUGUAGCCGACACUCGGGCCUCUAUCGAUGCGAUACCUAACGGCACAUGUCGUGAUAUUGACGACAACGUCUUCCACGGGUAUCUCACCAUCGUUCACCCCACAUUCCCGCUCUUGGCAAGCGUAAAGACGGUUGUGCAGUCCAACCUGGGACAGUGUCCACCUGUGCUGCAGAAGGCCUUCCACGAAGCUCUAGUGUCGACUAUGCAUUCAUUCCAUGCCAUGCCGGCCGGGGUUGCUGCAGGCGACGCAAAGGCAGCCAAUCGUUUACUGUCCGAGUGGGAGUCUAACGGUGGGUCUCAGGGCUCGUCCAUGGCCGACCUGGUGCACCUGCAGAGUCUGCUGCUACUGGCCAUCGAGGCGGACAACCACGGGCCCGCAGCGCUGCGCGGGCAGCACGGGAGCCCGUCCAAGACCAGCUACCUCGGGCGCGCCGUGGCAGUGGCAUACGCCAUGGGGUUGCGGACCGCGCAGGUCAUGGAGGACGGCUGGCCGGAGCCUGAUUCGGACCCCGAGUCGGAAGACAUGGUUGCGCUCCGGGCGUGGUGGAGUCUUGUAGCACUGGACCGGUUCAACGCCGUAGGGACGGCACAGGGGCUGCUGGUCCCGCAGGGCAGCAUACAUGUCGGGCCCGGACUUCGGAACCUGCUGGGCGAGGCAGGAUACCAGUUCGUGAAGCUGUGUUUCGUGCUGGGCCACUACGUCGAGGCGUUCCUUACGUCGGCACGGCCGCUGACCAUGGUGCCGGGGGCCAGCCAGCUGGUGCUGAGCCAGUCGCUCGCCGUCGGCAUCGAGAUGUGGCGCAUGGACUUCCCGGCCAGCAUCACACCCAAGUCGCACCCGGUGCUGCACUUUGCCUACUGGCACUGCCGGCUGCUCUCCUACCUCUUCACGCCGUCGUCGCAGUCGACGGAGCUGCUGUGGGCGGCCAAGGGCCUGCUGGACGACCUGACGGCCAGCCACGUAGCGCUCAGCCCGCUGAACCACAACGUCGUCGCCCUGGCCGGCCUGUGCCUCGCCGAGCUGGCCCGGGUGCCCAAGACGCGCGAGGAGGCGCGCGACCUGAUGGCCAACGAGCUCAUGGGCGGCAACACGGCCCCGUCGACGUGGGACAAUGUCAUCCGCGAGAAGAUGGCGGCCAUGGAGGCCGGCGCCUCCCGGCCGGCCUCGUCGGCGUCGGCGUCGACUAGCAUCGAGGCCACGGCCAGCCAGAGCCUGAAGCGACUCGCCGACCUCGCGGCCGCUACCAAGACGGGCCUCGCCGCGACGGCGUCGGCGGCCGCGGCCAUUAUGAACAGCGGCGGCAACGGCAAGAGCGAAAAUGCCGUGAGCAACGGCGACGGCUCUGGCGGCGCGCCCGAGGUGGAGGCGGCCGCGCCGGACGGUUAUAGUGCCGGGCGGGACCGCACGCUGCCCGGCAGGCUGCGGGGCCCGGCGGAAAACUACGAGAACCUCGGGUUCGACCCGCGGCCGAUGCUGCGGUCUGGAUAUCUCAAUGCGCUUGGUGGGGCAUAGGACGCUGCUGCGGCUUUUGCUCUAGCUACAUGUAGAAUACUAGGUAGUGGAACGAGUUUGUUCUACCAACGAGCCCUAUUGACUGCUUCAGAGGCCAUUUAUGCCAACGACACGUCAAAACGGCCUGCCGC